UUUGAUGAUGUCGGACGAUAGCGAAAGCGAAGAUAUAUCAAGGAAAAUCUCUCCAAAGGCCAGGCGCCAGAGGAGACUGCUCAGCGACGAUGGAGAGGAGGAAAUGGAGGUAGCGGGUGCUACGAAUAAGGAGCCAGAGCUGGAGCAGCGGAGCGAUGAAGAGGAAGCUAAGGAAGAUGCAGUGGCUACCAAGCCCAAAAAGAAAAUAUCAGCCAUCAUAGACACGGACAGUGAAGAGGAGCCACAAAAGGAUGAGGAAAUGAAGCCGGAUCCAGAGACUCCACCCAAGAAAAACCCAAAUAACAAACUUAAGGGCUUGGUGGACACGGAUUCCGAGUCAGAGGAACUGAAACCUCAUAAAAAAAAGCCCAAAAAGGUGGCCAAGAAAAAAUCGGAAAAUUUGGAUGAGGAGGAAGUCCAGGAGCAGGAUGAAAAUAGGGAGAAACCCUCCAAGAAAACAAAGAAAAAUAAGCAGCGAAUGGACAGUAAUAGUGAACAGGAGGACCACAAAGACAUGAGUGACCAAGAAACCAGUCCCGUGACUAGCAAACUCAAGGGUUUGGUGGACUCAGAAUCCGAACCGGAGGUGAGCAGUCCAGAGAAGGCAGCAGAAAAGCAAGAACCAGCCGCUGGAAAACCAAAGAAACCAAAAGUUGUGCGCGAAUCAGCUAAGAAAGCUUUAGAGGGCAUGCAGGCCAUCCAAAGUGAGCAACAACGUCUGCACCGCGAGGCUCAUAUCACUGUGCCUUACCACCAGCCGAAGCCCAGGACGCUGAAGGAGUUUCUCGCUCGACGAACCAUAAAUGCGCCUCUGGCUACCGCCUUGGCCGGCGGCAGUCCCAUGCCCAACAAGCAGCCUAGGAAGUCGGUGGGGUUGCGCAUGGCCAGCGAGGACUUGGAGGCAUUUGCGAAGCUAAUGGAGGCGCGAGCCCAGGAGGCCACGGAGUUUUUCAAAUCCGAAUCCGAGCCGGAAGAGGAAGAGGAUUCGGAACCAGAGAAAGAUGAAGAAGAACCUCAAGUGGAGUUUAAAGACAAACAAGGUGUUAUGGAUGAUGUAGAGGAGAUCCAAGCUGAACCCAAGGAGCAGCCAGAAGAGCUAGCCAUCCAACCAAUGGAGGAGAAUGCUCUCGCAGAAGCAGAACCCCUUGCUUCCACCUCAGCUGCUGCAGGUUUGAGGGAAAUCCCUCAGCAAGGUGAUCAAACAUCUCCCGCUAAGGUACGCCUUGUUACUGAGGUGGUAGAGCUGCCCAAACUGGACUUGAGCUCUAUCAACAUAACCCCGCCCUCCAAGCCGGCAACCCCUAAGAUCAGCGAAGUAAUUCGUCGGCUAAAGAUCGAAAAGAGCACGGAUGUGAGUCCCUCGCUGAAGGGUGAUGCCAACAUGGUAAUAGACCUCGAAACGGGUGAUAUGUUUGCCAAGAAACCAACUGGAGUGGAUGAUUUGCUGCAGCGUCUGAUGAAGACCCGCGAGGCCAAAAAGCACAAGACUCUGGAGACUGUCAAUAUCCUAACCACUGAGCAUGGCAAACUGGAAAUGUCCAAGGUGAACAUCCAUUUGCAUGAUGAGGAGCCUGUGGGUAAAGAACCCAAGCCGGGAGCGGCUUACAUUAAAAUGCAGGAGCAGCUCAAGACUUUGAUCAACAAGAAACGUAUGGAAGAGCUGCGUAAGAGGCAAAUGGAAGAGGAACAAGAAAGAGCAGAAGAGGAAGAAGACAUGGAAGUGGAUGAGGAGGAAGAGUACGAGCCGGAAAACAAGCCUGGCUGUGCUGAGAUCACAAUAAACGAGGAGGAAGAGAUCUUAGAGGUGGGCGAGGGCUUAAGGGAUGAGGAAGCAGAAGAGGCUGCUGGCGAAGAUCAAGAAGAGGAUAAUGAAGAAGUUGAGGAAGAGGAAAAGAGCAGCGAGAGUGAUGUGGAAAGCUUAGCAGAAGAGACCCAAACUUCACGUAAAAGAAAUAGAAUAAUUCAGGCCUUCCAGGAUGACGACAACUCCGACGAUGAUGAUGAUUUGGAUCUACUACAAACUCCCAAGCCUAGCGGUGCUCCUCCCAUCACGGCCACCCAACUGCAACUCUCUGCCCAGAAGCUCUUUGAUGCGGAAACCCAUCAUCGCACAGCCAGCGAUGAGGAGAACGAGCUGCUUGACCUUUGCUCUGGACAGUUUCCCCAGACCCAAAUGCUUUCCUCUGCUGCACCCUCCAUGGACACGGCUGUCAUCAGUCAGAUACCCAUGACUCAGUUGGGAGGAGCAAGUAGCCAGGAGGCACCCGAAGAGCUGGAGUCCCUGUGUUCCGGCACCUUUGCCACGCAAAAGCAGGAACUUUUGCCGCCGGAUUCCCAACUUCUCCCAGUGGUGGCCCACAAAAUCAUAUCCAGCGAUGAGGAGGAGACCAAGGAGUCAGACCACCAAGCAGAAAAGCCGCGCCAGAAGAAACUCACCAAGAAAAGGCAGAAGAAAAAGGCCAAAUUGGGCUUCUCCGAUGACGAAGAUAGCGACCAGGAGGAGGAGGAGGAGUUGGAUGAGUUAAGCGAUGAAGAGCCAGCAGAGGAUAUACCAGAAACCUUUGUGGACUACGACUCCGAGGAAAACGAAAUCCUCGUGGAGAUGAACAAAAAGGAACGUAAAUUGCGCGCCGCCAACUUUGUGGAGAAGGAAGCUGAGCUUUCAGAGUCCGAGUGGGGAUCAGCCGACGAGGACGAGAAGAACAUGGAUGCCUAUGACAUAGAGUUGGGCGAUGAGGACGAGUUUGAUCGCGAGAAGCUGCGUAAAGAGCUGGGACAAAUACAUGCUCGAAAAAUGCUUGACCAGGAUAUACGGGAGGUGCGCAAGAUCCAGGAGAUGCUCUUUGAGGACGAAGAGGGCGCUGUGCGUCAGCGUCAGUUUCGCUGGAAGAACGCAGAGAACGGCUUCAGCCUGGAGGAUCAGCGUCCGGAGAAUGGCGAGGCCAACGAGGGCAGCGGUGAUGAGGAGAAUGAACAUCUUUGGCGGAAAAUCCGCUACGAGCGCGAGCAAUUGCUCUUGGAAAAGGGUCUAAAAGCGGAAGCCGCCUCGCCCUUGUCUACAUCCUUGAUGAACAGCAGCUCUACUCCAGGUAGCUCUAUACGUCGGCUGAACAUAAUUACGGCCAAAAAGACCACGAUGGAGGUGAAGAAGAGCUCACCGUUUCUGAUCUCAAAAACGGUCACCGGCAACAAGCUGCAGCAGAAGAGCGCAGUGCGUGGUUCGUUUCUGGUUCGUGAUCAGGAGACGCUUACCAAACUGGCAGCGGGUCUGACCAAAGGAUCGACUGGUGAGCCGGGUGAGGCCGGCACGGUUUCCGUGAAAACGGCCAAGGCCAAGAACUUUGUCUUUGCCACUCUGACGGAGGAGGAACAUGAGAAUCAAAAACGUAAAGCUGCCGACUUACUCAACAGUAGCAGUGAAACGGGAGUGAAUUUCAUGAAGAAACCUAAACUGGAGCCCCGCAGAGACAAGUGCCUUAUAGAUCAGUUGCUUUAGGUCAAGUCAUUUUUAAUAUUAAGAAUUUUAUUAAAUAUUAAGAAAUCCCCGACUUGUAUAUUUUAA